AUGACUGCCCCGGAGCAGCCCUCUGGGGAGCCAGAAUCGACAUCCCAGUCUACCAGCGAGCCUGUCGCUCAACAGACGGCCAUCGAUGUUGAGGUCAAGAGAGACGACGCCGCUGCGGCUGCAGACUUGGCCACGACGAAGCAGCAGUCGCCAGGAUUGCCGGCAAGUGAUGUCCCCGACAAAGAGUCCUCGUCGACCGACAACAUAAUUUCCGAUACCGCACACGUGGCUGAGUCUGCAUCCGAAACGCCAGCCCCGACUACACCGCCUGCGCAGACUGGCCCCAAAUUGUCCGCGCACUUCACGGCCGAUGCUACUGAUGCAAAACAAAGUGAGGAUCCGAUGAGCGCACAAGGCCACGAUAGCAUGUCUGCCUCGGCCAUCACCAUCAGGCCUCCGAAAAUUAAGGAAAACGACAUUUCCACCCAGUACCUUACACCACAGCCCUCGAGCUACGUCGACCCCACACCCGCGACACCAAUAACCUCGCAGCCGUCCUCACGGUCGCCUUCCAACGCGGCCAGGUCGCAUCGCUCCGACGACUUCUCGCCGACCAGAUCAGGCUCCGAAAAUGGGGACAAGAAGUAUACCAGCGAAGAGGAGCAGGAUGGCGGGUCCCGAUCCGAGAUUCAAAGCAUCAUGGAGCAGUUCAGCGAGUACGGAGGCGGACCCGGAGCCGACGAGGUCAUGAGCCCAAGGCUGGAGAUUGCUUCGCCUAUAUUCGGUGCCGGCCCCGUGCUGCAUCCGCCCAGAAAGUCGAGCCUCGAGCCGCUGUCCACCGGCAACGCCAGCCAGGGGCCAGAUUCGGAUGCCGCCGGCGUCUCUACUUCCUCGCCGAUCAAGGAGCGACAAGGUGUCGACGACCAGGGCCCGCCAGUACCUCCCAAAGACGGAUCGUUUGGCACGCCGCCCCGGAGCAGAGAAGCCCGGGGGUCGACCAGCCUUGCCUCGCCGACAUCCCCCCAACUGUCCAUGCAUCGCCCACCGCCCCCGGAGCCGGAGCCGGAGCCUACGCUGCCCUUUGACUUUCACAGGUUCCUCGAGCAGCUGCGAAACAAAAAGGCCGACCCCGUCGCACGCUAUCUCAAGUCCUUCUUGACGGAAUUCGCCAAGCGCCAGUGGAUGGUGCAUGAGCAGGUCAAAAUCAUUAGCGACUUUCUGGCCUUCAUCGCCAAUAAAAUGAUGCUUUGCGAGGUCUGGCGCGACGUUUCGGACGCAGAUUUUGACAAUGCGCGGGAGGGCAUGGAGAAGCUCGUCAUGAACCGGCUCUACUCGCAAACCUUUUCCCCCGCCAUUCCGCCUCCGAAGCCGGUUCCCGGCGCCCGGCCAAAGAAGCGCGGCGGUGAGCUGCCGAUGGGACCAGGUCGUCGCGGGCAGCAUCAGGAGGACGUCGAACGAGACGACAUUGUCACGCAAAAGAUUAACAUUUACGGGUGGAUCAAGCCCGAGCAUCUGGAUAUCCCAAAGAUUGAAGACAGCGGACGAAAAUUCCUGAAGCUGGCGCAGCAAGAAUUAUUAAAAAUCAAGUCAUAUCGCGCUCCGCGAGACAAGAUUAUUUGCGUUUUGAAUUGUUGCAAAGUCAUCUUUGGCCUGCUCAAACACAACAAGUCCGACUCGUCGGCCGACUCUUUCAUGCCCCUACUUAUCUAUGUCGUUCUGCAAUCAAACCCUGAGCAUCUAGUAUCUAAUGUACAAUACAUUUUGCGAUUCCGGAACCAAGAUCGCCUCGGCGGCGAGGCUGGCUACUAUCUAUCGUCCCUGAUGGGCGCGGUACAAUUCGUCGAAAACAUGGACCGCACAUCGCUCACCAUCAGCGACGACGAAUUUGAAAAGAGUGUCGAGGCAGCCGUCUCCGCCAUUGCUGAGCGCAACCAGGCCAUGUCGCCCACCAUUCGCCAGCAGGCCACUUUUUCUGAGAAGUCGGCCUGGGGCGUCGAUGGCGCCGGCGGCCAGGAAACAGGACCUCAGUCGACGACGCGCCGCAGCUACGACAGCGAGACGGAGCCAGGCGAGGGCCCUGCCAUUUCUGGUCUUUUGCGCACCAUCCAGCGACCCCUCACGACCAUUGGCCGCAUGUUCUCCGACGAGCCCACCUCGUCUCCGUCGUCAUCCCGCGGCGCCAACAGCGCGCGCCAGUCGCCAGGUAUCCCGCCACGGUCGUCGCAGGACGGCGGCUCGCUACCACGACCCAGUGCGGAAGAUGUCCGCGCCUCGGCGCGCCCGCAAACGCAGCAGCCGCUUUCGACUCAGCAACAUGCGCUCUCGGCCGAGGAAGCCGCCGCGCGACAGGCGAGCGCCGAGACGGCCGAGGCGCAGCGCUUGCAGCGAGCAGAGCACGCCAACGUGGUCGAGACGCUGGCGGGCAUGUUCCCUGACCUCGACAAGGACGUUAUCAGCGACGUGGUCUAUGAGAAGCAGGGCAGAGUCGGUUUGGCGGUGGAUGCAUGUCUAGCAUUAUCCAGCUAG